AUGAGCUACCUAGGCUCAGCGGUAGAAGCAAUCACUUCAAGUGGGCUUGAGGAAAAUACAGACCUGCAAUUGGACGAACUAGGAAUCAGUGACAGAAAGGUAUUUGCAGUGCAGGAACUUGACGAGUCUUCUUACUUCACUGCUACUGAUUCUGUCCGGAACAUGGCCACAAACACAAGUCAGGAACCUACCGAUAUGACAGAGGACGAGUAUUCAAGUGCCCUUGAGAAAAAGAAGAUUCGCACGGAAGCUAUCGCUCUCAUACGUGCUCAGACUCAAGCUCGCUUGGCCCGGAUGGAAGCAUUGUCGGAGGCAGUCAUGUCAAGCCAAACUAGCGAGAGUGACAUCUUGGAUAUUCCUUCCCUGGCCCCCGUUGAACAGCGUACUACACAUACCAUCGCGAUGAAGUCAGGCCAGAUAUCAAAGAAACAGAAAAAGGAAAACAAGAAAUCUAAGAAGAUGGUGCCCUUUCAGAUUGGAAAGAUAGACUCUUCCAAUAAUCAGCCCAGCCCAAGUGAGAAUGUGCCCAGAGUGCAGCCCUUAGACGAAGGAGUAGGUUCUAGCAACGGCCCAUCAUAUUUUACUCGAAAGGGGAAUAUUCUGGAGCUAAGCCCAUCCAUUUUCAAGUAUGCAAAUUCCAAGGCCCAAAAUUCAGUUGAUACCAACCAGAACGUGGGUUGUGUCGGCCCUUGUGUAUGUCAGGGUGAGAAAAUCUCACAAGACAAACACAAAAUCACAGCGCAAGUUCAUGAAAGCUGUACGGAGCGUGGGCAGAAAACUGGCACUCGUGAGAAGACAUAUCGGGACGCACUCCUAGGUACCUUGGACAGCAAAGGUAAGGAGCGAGUCUCAGGCGUAGACCAGAUCACAAGGGACGAGACAGUGGAGUACAACGCAACUCUCCAUGCGCACCCAACCCUGCUUAUAGUUGAAGAGUGGCCAUAUCUGAAUGAAGAUAUAACAGCUGAGACCAAUACACGUGAUACAAGUCUUUCGACCUGUUCAGGUCAAGAGGAGGAGCAAUCAAGCACCAGAUCCUCCCUUUACGGCCAGCCAUUGCGCCUUAGUCACUCUACACGCAAGAGUAAGACUCCCCUAAGGGAUAAGCUGCCUCCUAUACAGGAAGUAUCAAGUGAGGUGAUGCAGGGUUACCCUCAUGAGGAAUCACCUUCUCACUAUUCUGAACGAGGUAGCAUAUCUGGUGAGGCGCAAAGCCACCUCCCAUGCACACCGAAUUCCUCAAAAUCUACCUCAACAGGUUGGACAAGUGUUGAACUCCAGGGCACACCACAGACUGAAUCAUCAGAGAUUAGAGUCACAGGGUCUGAGCACCAAAGAAUUUCUCUCGACAUGAGGACUGCUAGUGAUCAAAAUAAAGGCAGUCACGCACACCCUUCAUUGUCCCUAAGCUGUGAAAAGGUGGACCAGCCCACCGCAGCAGCACAAAAGCCAAUUGCGACACAAAAGCCAGAGGGGUUUUUCUGGCAACUCGACAGCCACGGUUUUCCUUGCGCAAAGGUAGGAUGCGAGAAGCGUUGUAAUUUAUGGGAUGGCGCAACUGUCAUCUGCCCCCAGUGUGGGCCAUUCUCGGAGAUUCGCUAUUGUUGCAAAGAGCACUUGCUCGAAAAUAUUAAGUGGCAUUGGCAGCACUGCGGACAGAUGACCUUUCAACACCCCUGCCGAGAGAUUUCAAUACCUCGAGAUGUGAAAGACGGACCGCCUCUAGUCCCUUGUCUCCACCCUUAUGAUACACCUGAACGUCAUCGUCAAGCCAUUUAUUUCAAUGCUAAGAUCUGGGACGGGGAUUAUUUCAUAUUCUCAGACUGGGCCGAUCUGGUAGAAGCUGGUUUCCCAGAGAAUAACCUGGAUUUGCGGUGCUCGAGCCGGGUCGUCUAUACCGUUCAGUUCGACGAUGCAAGUGAGAAGGAUCGGUUUCGUCGAGUUCUCGCGACUUGCUUGUUCAUGACAAUUGAGGUUACCGAAUUGGUCGAUUAUCUAUUUCGGCUAAUCCGGGACAAACUCCGGUCACAGGACGCCCCCGUUGAUCUUGAAACCGCGCUCAAGUACCAGUUCCACGAAGAAUUCUGCGUCACCAUACAGCAACACAUCACAGGAGAGAGACAUGCAUGUGUGACGGAUUGGGAUGGAAGGAACCGCCGUAACUGCCACGAUGAUGUCUGUCGCGCUGAAUAUCGCCGUUUGCUCGGAUCUGUUGGGAGUAAGGGUCAUUGCCAGCUCAUUAAUCACUUGGAAAGUAGCUAUUGGAUUCUUCGAGCCGUGAGAACUACCCACCCCAGCGUAACCGACGCCAAAGCACGUAUGCGGGGAGAGGGUUUCAGCGACGUCGCAAAAGAAGAUAGAAAAGCAUUCCGCCGGGGCGAAGGAUGGGAUGGUGCUGGGACUGGUGUGAUGGAGAUUGAGGGAAUCAAUGAUGAUUGA